AGAGCCCUUGUGUUAGAGAGAUUAAUCAUAACAAAGAGAACCAAAAACACUAAUAAUGAGAAUUGUUGUUUCGGAACCUCAUUGUCCCAAAAGCGUCCAAGGGUUUAGCUAUGACCCUGAGCCUAACAGGAGUUUCGAUCGCUUGGUCUGUGAGACCGAGUCAUUCGCAAAGAAGCUCAAUGCUUUAAAGACGGCAAGGAGUGAUAGAGGAUUCGUAGUGCGUGUAUCAGAAGAUGAUAUGGAUAGUGAUGAAGAUGUAGAGAGUGCUCAAGAAGAAGAAGAAGAUUAUAGUCAAAUCUGUACCUGUGAUGAUUUAUACUUGAGUGAUGAUGAGUUUGAUCAUGAGCUUGAGUAUAUGAUGGAUAAGAUGGAUUUGGCUGAGAACGACCACCAAACCAAAACUAAGGAAGAUAUUAAGAAUCAAGUAUCAGUUGUUGAAAAGGAAAUAAUGAAUGAGAUUGAAACGUCUCGCUCUGCUUUAGCUCGGGUUGAGAAGUACCGCGAAAAUCGUAGAGAAGUUGAACGGAGACUUGAUCUUCAAUAUAAGCGAAAAGUUGCUGAAGCACUUGAUACGCAUAUGAGUGCAGUCCAACGAGAACAUGAGAUUAAAUCACAAAUAGAAGAAAGAAUAAUAAGGAGUGAAGAGGCUCAGGAGGAAGCCAAGAAGAGAGAAAGGGCAAAUCAAGAAGAGAAAAUACGUCAAGAAAAAGGUGAAAAGGAGGUGAUUGAGAGAGUUAGUGUUGUUGCUUUGGCAUUGGAGAAGCAUAGAUUGAAGAAGCUUGAAGAGUUAGAAGCAAUGAACCAAGAGCUAAAAUCACGUUUAAAUCAGGACUUUAGGAGUUUUGAAAGGAGUAUUGGAAGGUCGAUAAGGCAGAUAACUGGGGUAAAAGAUACGGUGGAUGCGAAAAUCAACGAAAUCGUCAAAGUAUUUAAAGAUCCUCGUUGUCCUUUAUCCAUCAGUAUUGCAGCUUUUGCAAAGAGGAUGGUCUCCUGUAGGCAAAACCCUUUUGCAUGCAGCUACAUCAUUGGUUAUGUCACUUCGAAGUUUCCACAAGCUAUGGAUAUUCUUCUUGCUGAAUUCCACAAAGCUUGCAUUUACACUGUCCCAAAUCAUGAUGUAAAUUCAGUGUGGGAUUCCGAGGCAUAUGAGCGCCUAGAUUCUACAAUGAGGCUAUACGGUGCACUUGUCCAGACUGAUAUUCGUGGUGGUAAUGCUACCAACAUUCAUGGGAUAGAACAUGGAUGGGCUUGGUUAGCUCGGUUCUUUAACAACAUCUCAGCCAUCAACAUAGCUACCGUGACAGCGUUAAACGCCUUUCUCCAAACGGCAGGGUUUGGUCUUCAUCAACGGUACAAAUCUCAGUUUGUGAAAGUUAUGAACGUUGUGCGAGAGCAUUUCUUGACGAAACUGAGGGAAGAAAAGGAUAUACUAGGCCUGGAUGACCGGAUGUACCUCAAGGAACCUGAAGGAAGAACUAUGAAGACGAGUCUCUUGUCGACGGAGUUUACUGCUGUUUUAGAUCAGCAGAACAACAAUCAGCAUUACCAGAGGAAUGAUUACAUAGACUGCUAUUGA